AUGCCGCCGGGCGGGCCGCGGCGGGCGGGCCUGCGUGCGGGCGGCGUCCGGCGGCUCCCGCGCCGCGCCGCGCGGGUCUGCGCUCCCGGGCUCCCGGCCGCCCGGCUGGCUCCCUCCCUCCGGGGCGGGGAAGGGCACAACGCGGGUUCUCCCCGCAAAGUCGCCCCGCGGCUGCGACAAACUUUGCCUCCCGCCGGGCGCGGGGAUGGCGCGGGGAGCGGAGCCCGGCGGCGGGAGGGGCGCGGGGCCGCGCGGGGGCCCCCGCGCCCGGCGGGAGGCGGCGUGGCGGGGACGAGCCGCUUUGGGGCCCGGGGCGCGCGCCCGCGCCGGCACGCGCGCACACAGCCGCGCACCCGCACCGGGCGCCCGCGCCGCGCGUGCGGCGACCCCGGCGGGGAGGACGGGGCGGGGCGCGGUUACCGGGGCCUGGAGCGCCGCCGUCGCCUCCCCCGAGCGCCGCGGGUCCGGGUCUGCGGCCGGCCAGGGCGGACGAGCUGCGCGGCGGGCUGCGCGGCGACUGGGCGCGGCGUCCGCGCCGCCACUUUAUCCGCGGGCGGCCGCGCGGCGGCGGCGGGCGCGGUGGGUGGGGACGCGCGGGGGGCGGCGCCGGGCCGCGGUGCCGGCCCCGCGGGGCGGACGGGGACCCGCCACGCGCGCCCGCCCGCCCGGGGCUGUCACGGGGCCGCCGCGCCUCCGCGCCCCCCGACCCGCGCCCGGCGAGCCCCCGCGCCCCCCGACCCGCGCCCGGUGAGCCCGCCCGCGCGCCCCCAGACCCGUGCCCCCCGACCCGCGCCCGGCGAGCCCGCCCCCGCGCCCCCAGACCCGCGCCCGGCGAGCCUCCGCGCCCCCCGACCCCCGCCCGGUGAGCCCCCGCACCCCCAGACCCGCGCCCGGCGAGCCCCCGCGCCCCCCGACCCGCGCCCGGUGAGCCCGCCCCCGCGCCCCCAGACCCGCGCCCGGCGAGCCUCCGCGCCCCCCGACCCCCGCCCGGUGAGCCCCCGCACCCCCAGACCCGCGCCCGGCGAGCCCGCCCCCGCGCCCGGCGAGCCUCCGCGCCCCCCGACCGGUGAGCCCCCGCACCCCCAGACCCGCGCCCGGCGAGCCCGCCCCCGCGCCCCCCGACCCGCGCCCGGCGAGUCCCCCUGCGCCCCCAGACCCGCGCCCCGCGAGCCCCCCUGCGCCCCCAGACCUGCGCCCGCGAGCCUGCCCCUGCGCCCCCCGACCCGCUCCCGGCGAGCCCGCCCCCGCGCCCCCCGACCCGCGCUCGGCGAGCCCGCCCCCGCGCCCCCCGACCCGCGCCCGGCGAGCCCGCCCGCGCGCGCCCGCCCCCACUGA